CACGUCACACCGUUUCUUGAUUACGUUAGCUUAGGUUUUCACUUUUCAAGCAGCGAUAAACGGAGAGAGUGGCCGCAUCAGAAUCGGAAGAUACACAGCACAAAUCUUGUAGCAUAAAGUACAACUACAUCUCCACUCUCCACAACCGCAGACAUGACAGACCAUUUGCAGGAGCAAGAGAUGGAAAUUGAAGCUUUAGAAGCCAUUCUUAUGGACGAGUUUCAAGAAAUUCAUCCCAGUGAAAGUGGAUUGAACACUUCAAAUCGCUGUUUUCAGAUUACUUUGUCUCCCCAGGAAGAUGAAACUGAUGAAUCUUCUACCACUCCAGUUCAGCUGGGGUUAAUUUUCGCACAUACAGAAAAAUAUCCUGAUGAAAUACCUCUUCUGAAUGUGAAAAGUAUAAGAGGAAUCCAUACCUCAGAUUUGAAAGUAUUGAAAGAAAAGCUUGAGCAAGAGGCAUUGGAGAAUCUUGGAAUGGCUAUGAUCUACACUCUUGUUAGCUCAGCUAAGGAUUGGCUUUCUGAACGAUUUGCUCAAGAUGCUGAUAAUGAUGACGAUGAUGAGGAUGUAGCAGAAAAAGAUGAAGUUAUUGUGCCACAUGGAGAACCUGUGACGAUUGAUACGUUUCUGGCAUGGAGAGAUAGAUUCGAAGCGGAAUUGGCACUUGAAAGAGCCAAAUUGAUGCCAGAAUCGGCACUUACAGCACCCAAAGAAAAGAGACUUAAUGGGAGAGAAUGGUUUGAAAGUGGCAGAGCUUCUACUGCGAAAGGCGCAAUGGCAAUUGAUGAUGAAGAAGAUGAAGACGAUGAAGACUUUGACUUUGAUGACGAUGAAGACUUUGAAGAUGAUGAGGACGACAUGCUUGAGCACUAUUUAGCCGAGAAAGAUUCGUCUGUUCAUUCUUCAUCAAGAGGCGUUUAGAAAUAUUUGCUACUUUCGGUUACAAGUUUGUUUGAAAUACUGAUGCCAACUUUUGAUCUGUAUUUUGUUUUGGCAAGUUUAAAAUAUAAUUAAAUUCAGAUCUGAUUGAAGAGCAGAAAUGAGUUUUACAUUUGUCUCAUUUGAUUUAAUGGUAUUUGUCACAAUUACAAAUAUUAUUAGCUUAUUAUCAUUUAGAA